ACGAUUGUUCAAACUUGUGUUCAACUCUUUUCAAAAGUUCUCCCUUGCUUAAGUUGAGAUUCCAGUCCCGCCUUUGUCAUUAAGGUCUCCGGGACCUUGGGCUCCACAGUUUGAGGGCACAAAUGGUGUGUGUGAAAGCACUCUGCAAGUUGUAUUUGAAAUGUAGUACUUAUCAAACUCGAUCUCUAAAUUUCUCCAGGGCCUACAAUUUUUAGUCAUUUUUAAAGUAAUUUUAGAAGGUCCAAAAGUGAGGUUUUUGGGGGUUGGGUUUCUAACAAUUCCUUUUUUUUUACAAGUUAGAUAUAUAAGUUGACUUUUAAAAGUUUCCAAAUAAAGAUUUAAAAUGAAAAUCAUUGACCCUCAGCACCAGUUUUUAAGGUUGUUUUUACUUGGGGUUGGGGAUUUAGCUCAAUGGUAGAGCGCUUGCCUAGCAAGCACAAGGCCCUGGGUUCGGUCCUCAGUUCCGAGAGAAAAAAAAAAAAAAGGUUGUUUUUUACUUAAUGUGUAUAUGUGUUUUGACUGCAUGCAUACCUGUGCACCAUGUGGGUAAGCUGCUUCAGAGACCAGAGGGCAUCUGAUCCUCUGGAACCGACAUUACAAACACUUGUGAAUCACCAUAUAGAUGCUAGGUUCUGCUAAGAGAACUGCAAGAGCUCCGGUCCUCUGGCAGCCCCCCAACCUCCGAAAAUGUAUUUUAAUGACACAAAUGUAAGAAGAUAAGAAUCUCAAUAAAAUACAUGAAAUUAGAUUGGUUGCAGAAGAACCAAGCACUGUUCCUCUAUAAUUCUGUGGAACACUUUGCUAGACUUGCACCUAUCUAAAUGCACACCUUUGAAAAUCACCCAGUUUAGUUCUCUAGUGCUCUCACUACUGCACCAACACAGCAUUUUUCAUCCUCCAUCAAGAUGUGGUGUGUGUGUGUGUGUGUGUGUGUGUGUGUGUCACGUAUGCUUUGCCAACCCUAGUUCACUUAUCCUUCAGAACUACUUGUUAAGCCCUAGACAGUCUCUACUUCUAACUACUGUACCAGUGUUCAAAGUUGUAUUUAAGACUUUUUUUUUUCAUUUUUCCUAGGUCUGGAGUGAUGGCUCAGUGGUUUAGAGAACUUAACUACUCUUACAGAAGACCUGGAGACCAGUUGUUACCUGCAUCAGGUACCUCUCAAGCACCGGUGAUUCCAGUUCAUGCAGUCCAGUUCCCUCUUGCAUCCAUGUAUGUGAUGCACAAAAACUCAUACACACACACACACACACACACACACACACAAAUAAAAAUACACCAUUUUUUCCAUUUUAAUGUUUAUUUUAGCAUUGACUUAAAAAAGUUUUACAGGCUAUACUCAUGUUUCAUAGUGCCCGAGGGAGCUUUUGUAAACCUUAAUUUUCAGUAAAAUUUUGUACUUGAAAAUAAAGACAAGUCCCGUUUUAUCAGUUUUUAAUAAAAAAUUACCUUGUUUUAAACGAUGUCGGUUUUAUUUUGUAAUAUUCAUUUGUACCUUUUGCACUAAUAAUGUACUUCUCGACAUGAUCCAAGACGAAACUGCUUCUUUGAAGGAUAAGUAUAGCAAAUUUUAUUAUGCGCAAAUUUAUUGUCAAGUUUUUCUGUUCAUAACGCUAGUGAUAAUGAAGUUUCUAUUAGAAUUGCUCCUUUCAGAUCAAGUGUAUUCAAAGGAAUACGAACAGACACAGGGUGAGACUAAUACCAGGUUCUUCAUGUUCCCUUAAAAAAUGGGGGAAGGGGAAUUAGCGACAUUUCACGGAGCCCUGAACCCUUAAUUACUAAUAAUCAGUAGGAAUCUGCCACUUCCUAAACCCAGCUCGCCCGGCGCAGCUUUUCUCAUCAGAGGCCACAACCUAUUUCGACACACUGUGCAGGAAAAGGACGGCUCCAGAGUGACCUGAAAAAGGAUCAAAGGCUAUAAACCGCUUCAAACGCGGAAAAAAGAUCACUCAACUCCCAAGGAGACCAGAAGCUUUCAUUGGCCACAUUUGAAAAGAAGGUGACUCCCUAACGCGCUCGCCUGACGCAUAGCAAGACACUGCCCUCGGGGUCCAAAGUGAUUAACAGGUAGCAAGAGUAGAGCCCCGGACGGCCGGAAGUGGAAGUGAGCCCGGGCGGGGAAGAGCACAGGCUACACCAGACCUGCGCAGCCCGCAGGCAUCUCAGUGCGCAGGCGCACCUGGGCGUGGCUGGGUGACGCUAGGAGCGUGGGUUGCGACUCUCGCGGAUCCGGUUCCGCCCUCCCUCUCUCAGCCCACCCUACCGAAAGAGCGCCCGAGAUCCCUUUCCCAGAGUGCUCCGCGCCGUGAAGAAGCGGCUCCCGGGGACUGGGGGCAUUUUGUGUUGGCUGGAGCUGGAGUAACAAGAUGGCGGCAUCGGCGGAGUGACGGGUUCCCUCCGGGCCGGAGCCGGCGGCAGUGGUGGCAGCGGUACUGCCGCCCUAAUUCACCGCGCCCCUUCCCCAGCCCGCGACGUCGCCGCGAACAAGAAACAGCGGCGGCCGCCCAAAUAGCAAGUGGCCGAGCUUCAGCAGCCGCGACCACCCUUAACUAACUGCGGCCAGGCCCUCAGCGAGCGGCGGCGAUCCGGCUUCUCUCAGCCGCCUUUGCGCCCUGAAACGCCAACAAAGCCUUGGUUUUAGGUUGCCUGCCGCGCUCCUCAGAUCUGCCGGGUGGAACAGCCCCGGAGGCUUCCAUCCUCUUCCAGAGGUGUCGGGGCUUGGCCCCCGCCUCCAUCUUCGCGUCUCAGGAUGGCGAGCAGCAGCGGCUCCAAGGCCGAAUUUAUCGUCGGUGGGAAAUACAAACUGGUGCGGAAGAUCGGAUCUGGUUCCUUCGGGGACAUUUAUCUAGCGAUCAACAUCACCAAUGGCGAGGAAGUGGCAGUGAAACUAGAAUCCCAGAAGGCCAGGCAUCCCCAGUUGCUGUACGAGAGCAAACUGUAUAAGAUUCUUCAAGGUGGGGUUGGCAUCCCUCACAUACGGUGGUAUGGGCAAGAAAAAGACUAUAAUGUGCUAGUCAUGGAUCUUCUGGGACCCAGCCUCGAAGACCUCUUCAAUUUCUGUUCAAGAAGGUUCACUAUGAAGACUGUACUUAUGUUAGCUGACCAGAUGAUCAGUAGAAUUGAAUAUGUGCAUACAAAGAAUUUUAUACACAGAGACAUUAAACCAGAUAACUUCCUAAUGGGUAUUGGGCGUCACUGUAAUAAGUUAUUCCUUAUUGAUUUUGGUUUGGCCAAAAAGUACAGAGACAACAGGACAAGGCAACACAUACCAUACAGGGAAGAUAAAAACCUCACUGGCACUGCCCGGUAUGCCAGCAUCAAUGCACAUCUUGGCAUUGAGCAGAGUCGCCGAGAUGACAUGGAAUCUUUAGGAUAUGUUUUGAUGUAUUUUAAUAGAACCAGUCUGCCAUGGCAAGGGCUAAAGGCUGCAACAAAGAAACAAAAAUAUGAAAAGAUUAGUGAAAAGAAGAUGUCCACUCCUGUUGAAGUUUUGUGUAAGGGGUUUCCUGCAGAAUUUGCCAUGUACUUAAAUUACUGUCGUGGGCUGCGCUUUGAGGAAGCUCCGGAUUACAUGUAUCUGAGGCAGCUGUUCCGCAUCCUCUUCAGGACCCUGAACCACCAGUAUGACUACACGUUUGAUUGGACGAUGUUAAAGCAGAAAGCAGCCCAGCAGGCAGCCUCUUCCAGUGGGCAGGGUCAGCAGGCCCAAACCCCCACAGGUAUUAAAGACGAGAAGUUGGAUCCACUGAGUUAGUAUGUUUCCUUGAAAAAGAAAAGUGAUUAAACUUAAGUUUAAGCCUUCUUUUGUAUUGUAACUUUUUCAUAAAAGUAACUUGAAAUCUUAACAAACUAGACACAGUGCAAAUUAUUACAUGUACAUGGACUUGUAGUGUUCUGAAAUAAGGGAUUUUUAAGGAAAUAAUUGCAUUAUUAUUGACUGUGUUCAAAGGUACAUUUAAGACCAGUUUCAUUGGCAUAAUUGCGUAUGGUCUCAGCUACUAGGAGGCAGAGGCAAGAGGAUCAGGCACUAGAAAGAGUUCCUUCAACAGUAGGUGGGUGGAGUAGGUUACCAAGAGGUAUUUUCUUUAAGCACAAUACUGCUUGCUACUAAAAUAAGUGAUUCUGGGGCAGGAGAGAUAAGUUGGUGCUUGCCUUGUAAGAAAUAGGACCUGAGUUAAUCCCUGGAACCCACAUUUAGAAAGCCAACAAGCUCCGAUAAGCAAAAGCUACACAGAGAAAACCUGUCUCAGGAAAAGAAAAAACUAAAGAAAGGAAGAAAAAGGCCAGCAAGGGCUGGGCAUCGUGUGCAGCACAUGCCCUGAGUUCCAGCAAACAGAUCUCUGAGUUUAAGGCCAACCAAGGUGACUAAGACCCUGUCUCAAACACAACAGAGCUAACAGGCUGUAAUGAUGUGUACUUGUGAGCAAAGGCCUGAGUCAGCCUAAUCAAUGAGUUCCAGGGCCCCAAUGGAAGACCCUGAUUAUAAAAGGUGAGAUUUCUUUAAACAUCUGUAAAAAUUAGUGUCUAGAUAGAACAAAAAGCUCUCUGUGUACAUAAAGUUAAGAAAGUGCUUCUACCCCAAUGGUGGCUUGAAACAAGCAUGAGAAACCUAGUCUUAGACCUUUUGCCUCUCCCAUCAUGUAGGUUAAUGGUGACUUGAAACUCUAGGUUAUAGUGUAUACAUAGAACUAUAGGCUAUUUCAUAUCUAUCUACUCAAAAAUCAGAGAAAAUGGCUAAGUGGUGGCACACACCUUUAAUCUCAGCCUCAGGGGACGGGGGUAUGAUCUCUUGAGUUUGAGGACUGCCAGGGCUGUGUAGGAAAACUGUCUUCGAGACAAAAAUGUAGAACUUACUUCUUAGAAUGCUCCUUUUGGUCAUAUCUCAGAAGCUUGCAUGUGAGUUUCAUAAAUCUUCAGCAAAUGGGUUUCUAUCAUAGACACUCUCUUCUGCAAAGAUCUUCUCAAUGUUAACAUUUACUGAUAAUUUUUUAUAGUUCCUUUGAGUUUGUAGAGAGGAUGUUUUGGUUUCUCGACAAGUGGUUUUUUGUUUCAUUUUGUAUAUUUCUUUCAUAGAAAUUAUAGAAAGUUUAAUCUUGCUUUUUUGGUUAAUACUUGUUUUGUAAUAAGGUGGGUUUCUGGUCCGAUUACUUGUAGGCCUUUCAGUUAUUGCAUAUUUCAUAGACAAUGUUUUUUUUCUAAUGUCUCUUGGAUUUUUUUUUCCAAUGCUGAAAUGUCUAAAACAAUAGAAUAAUUUGGAGGGCUCCCUAGUGAGAUCUCUUAUUAGAAGCACAGUACAUAUAGAAAAAGUUUAAGAUCACUGUUUCUUCAGCUAUGGACAGCAUAGGAGAGAAACUUAGCUAGAUCAUUUAGAAGGCAGAUUCUCAUGGGAUUCUGCUCUCCUGUCUUUAGCUGCUCACUGUCUCAGACAUAAGUAUUUAUGUCUUUAUUACAAUAGAAAAGGUUGUGCCGACCUUCCAAGGUGUGGCCUUCCCUCACCCUCACCUGCCUGUGUCAGUGUUCCCGAAGCAGUGCGUGGGCUUCACCUGCUGUGUAGCCUAACCGUUUCUGGCUUCAUCACCCGCUGCCAGGAACACAGCUGAUAAUUCAGCAACUUAACCCAAACAGGGAAGGGAAGACCUUAAGAUGUCUGGAAACACUUGUCUACCCUGGAUACACACAGUCCAAAGAAGACCAGGGAACUGAAUCGUCUUGCUGAAGUCUGGGGUUUUUGUCACCCUUUUUCAUUGUGGACAGUAAAGCUGGGAGAGUAGCACAGUCCAAGAAGAAAUGAAGAUGGAAGCCAAAGAGGUCUCUCAGGCUUGCUGACUCCUCAGCACGUCAACCUCUGUGGUGAUGGCUGUCAGAAGACCCUAACAGUGCUGCUGAACCUGUAUACUGCCCAAUCUCCUGUCAGUUGGGAAGGAUUCAUUCAUAACAGGAACAGAGGUGUUCAUGCCUCAUUUUUAACUGAGAUUACAGUUCAAAAUGGAGCCCGAGAUGCCACCCAGACUGCAAGGUUUUAAAAACAAACAGAAGACUAAAGCUAAAGCCACUGGAAGACAGUGCUUGUUAGUAACUAAAGAUUGAAAGUCGGAGACCUGCCAAGAUGUCUCUCCUUCUUGAGUACCAUCAAAGGACAGCUCAUUGGAGAGAUGAAACCUGGGUAGAACGUCUGCUAUUGGCCUGACUAGUAGAAGAACGACAUCUGGACUUGACUGCUUUAUUCUACCAGGAAUACUGUUAGACUAACCUUCAGCCAGUCCCUAAACACUUGUUUGACUGAACUGCCAGGUCCACACAGAUAGACUUCUGACCUAGAACUUCCCUAUUAUUAAAGAAACCAAGUUAUCUUGUAUUUCGGCUUAGAGUUUGUAGUGAAUGAUUUUUCCCUUCAAAUCUGCUUGUGUGAAGGGAUAUUCAGUGUAACAAUCAAAUUACUAAAAUACAGUUACAUGAUUGCAGCAAAUUAUUAUAAAAGGGGGGAAAUCCUAGUUUUAGGAGCUAGGAAAUCAUGUUUGUUUGUUACAAUAUUUAACAUCCUGAUGGGGUAAAGGUCAUUUUUCUUUAACUUGUCCAUAGUUUCUUAAUAGCUUAAAUGCUGUUGAAAUUGGAAUUAGAUCACAGGUGUAGUCGAGUUUUAUAGAUACAAUUAAGUCUUGUUUGAUAGCCUUUGUAUGCCUUACUGUGGCUGGGGAGCUAGUCUAACAGAUAAAGCACUAGCAGAUGGCGAGAACCAGCAUUCAGACCCUUCAGAACGGGUGGAAUGGAGGCCAUGUGUAACCCUAGCACUGGGAAUGCAGAGAUAGGAUCCCCAAAGAAAGCUGGUCAGAUUGUGAACUCCCGCAAGGUGGGGGGCCAUCUGGAAAGAUGCCUGAUCUCAGCCUCUGACACGCAUUAUGUGUGUGCCUAUACACAUGUGUGCCAGCACAUAAGAGAACAUACUGCACAGAGCAUCUUUGAUUUUUUUUUUUUAAGUUCACCAAUGCUAUUUCAAAACCUUUAUUUACUGUUUGCUUUAUGUGGUCUUAGGAUUAUGGAUUCAGUAUUGGUUAUUUACAUAUUCUUUCAUAGUAGACACUCUAAGAAGAGGGAGUAAAACAUCUUUGCGCUCAGAGCUUAGAAUGUUGUAUUUAACAAAUGAGGAGUUCCUAGUUAACGGAUGAAAAUUAUAACUGUUUUUGCAAUUUUAUUCUUGGAAAUACUUGUAAUAGAGUAAGUAGUAGGAGAAUUUUAUAUCCCAUGAAGCCCAAAAGAAAUAUCCUACCAGUGCUUGAGAAGGAAAGGGGAGCAAUCUAUUACUGACAUGGGUUUCUGUUGUAGUGGUGGUUUAUUUUUUGUUUUUGCUAAAGAAGUCAAGAAACAGUGUGAAAUGUAUGUAGUUAGGUCACCUUGGGGGUUUAGGAGGGAGUAGACCAAAUGGCCUGUACGGGAUGUUCAUGUUACUAAGAGGUGGACUGUUUAUUCUGUCUUAGGCAAAAAAAACCAGCCAUUAAAAGUAGCAGCCCUGAGUUUCCCUUGUGAGGAGAGGGGACUGUAUAGCAGGACAAUUUGGGAAGUACACAAAGCAUUCCUAGCUUAGGAGUUAGUGACCGGUGUGAUCUUUUUAAUGCAACAAUGGAAGUAGAGAAGUAGUAAGAUCAACAUGAGCGUUUUAUAUAGAAAUUAUUUCUUAGAGGUUCAAAAUUCAUUGAAGCUUACUGUUGGAUAAUCUCAUCAGAAAUAAUUCAUGCUUCCGAUCUAGCUAGAACCAUAUUCUAGUGCUGCAGUAAUGUCCUGUUUUUCCUCGCUUGUUGGGUACCAAAGGUGAAGAGCUGAGCAUUUGAAUAACAACAUUGAAUAACAUUUGAAUAACAACAACUCUAUUAUAGCUUAGAGUGGAGUGCUGAGGCUCUGAUUGACUGUGGACUGCUUCCUGGGUUAUUCAGAAUGAGGGCUGGGAGAGGCUUUAAAGGAGAUGAGCUUACUCUUUUGAGAAGUUUGGGUUGGUGAUUUUCCAGAUAAAAGCAACAGCACUUAAAAGUGAUUACUGCCCUACUUCUACCUAAUUUAGGGAGUACUUGUAAAAAAUGUUUAAAACUUGUAACAUCUUUUUUCUGUUUCAAUAUUUUAAUAGGUUUCUAAGCAUGGAGGAAGAGAAGCAGCAGAGCAGAAGAUUGGAGCAACAUUUGUUUCUCCCCAGAUCUAGACCUUUUAGUUCAUAUGUACACUAGCCAGUGGUUGUGGACAACCAUUUACUUGGUGUAAAGGACUUACUUUCCGUAUAAACUGGCUCUGGGUAGCACUGCUGAUCCUGAGCUGUAGCCGCUGUAAUUGUGAAUAUUAACUGAGGUAGUGAAACAUGGUGUCCGGUUUUCUAUUGCAUUUUUUUCAAGUGGAAAAGUUAACUAAAUGGUUGACACACAAAUUGGUGGAGAAAUUGUGCAUAUGCCAAUUUUUUUGUUAAAAUCUUUUAUUUUGAACUAUACUGCUUUGAGAUCUCAUUUCAGAAGAACGGCAUGAACAGUCUUCAGCCACAGUUGUGAUGGUUGUAAAUGUUCACAAUUGUGUGUUCUUAGGGUUUUCCAUCCCUGGGGUUUGCAAGUUGUUGACGUAAAAACAUUCUUUAAAUGGCUGGCUUCUUGUUUGCAAGCUAGCUGAUAGGGUAGCAACCAAAGAUUCCAGUGUUCGAGCAUUUGAAAGACUCUGCCUGCUUACUGUGCUAGAAAUAACAGCAUCUAAAGUGAAGACUUACGAAAAAAAACAUAGCGACUACUAGAUUAUCUUUAGGACUCUGCAUUAACUCUAUAAUGUUCUUGCUAUUAAAAAAAGCAUAUUUGUCACAGAAAUUUAGUUACCGUCUUACAACUGAACAUGUAUGUGUGUUGCUUAGAUAAAUGUAAUCACUGUAAACAUCUAUAUGAUCUGGGAUUUUGUUUUUAUUUUGAAAUGGGAGCUUUUUGUUUACAAGUUCAUUAAAAACUAAAAACUGUUUCUGUAAGGAAGUGAAAUUUUUUAAACAACAAAAAUGCCUUGCUAACUCACUAUGAAGUGUGUGUGUACAUAUAUAUAUGUGUGUGUGUGUAUAUACACAUAUAUAUCCAUCCCCAGUUAUUUGUUUUUGUUUUAUAUUUUGAGACAGAGUCUCGUUUUGCAGCUCUAGCCAGCCAGGAACUUAACUGUGUAGACCAGGCUGGCCUAGAACUCUCAGAGAUCCUCCUCCCUCUGUCUCCGUGAAGUGCUGGGACUGAAAACACGAGCCGCCACGCCUAGCUUUCCCUAAGUUUUGAUAGACUACUUCAAGCCAUUUGUUCUAUGAUACUCCUUUGCUGAAAAAGAUUUUGUUUUCCCUUGAUCUAAAGAGAAAGGCAUUCUUUGACUUUUUGUUUUGUUCAUAGCUCGCAGGCACACUACCCAGUGCUACAGCUACGGGCACUUUGGCGUUGACUUCUGCCAGACUAGCAGACGGACUGAUGACAGGGAAAGUGUUAAAGGGUUUAACUAUAUUACAGAAUGUUUUUCUUCAAAAUCCUUGUGAAGUGGCUGUAAGCCUGUCAUACAGUGUGAAGUUAGUGAUUGUCGACCCUCAAGCCCCAUCUCUCUAGGUACCUGUGCACGCUUCCCCAGGUUGUUCUUGGUUGCUCUUCAGUUUUUUCUCUGAUCCAAGAGAAGGGAAAACUUAACUGACAGUAAUUCUUUAAAUGGUGUAAUUUAUUCAUUUAAAGCAUGUCAAGAUAAAUUAAAAGAACAUUUGUCUGAAAAUGCUGCCAGGAGCCUAUUGUGUAACUGUAGGUAUUUUGUAUAAUAAUCCUGAAUUGUAAAUUGACCCAUGUUUGGUAAGAUUGUGUCAGAAUUGAUUUGUAGUGUUUUUUUUUUUUUUUUGAACAGCAAUAAUUAAUUCCAUGAUUGCCACAUUCUGUCACCAUGAGAUGUGUUAUUACCAUAAGGCUGAAAUAAUCUUAGGAGGUGGAUCUGAUGGUGGGGUGGCAGCUACAUGUUUCUUUCCCAACCAUGCUUGACAGUUAAAGUAUUUGUGUCUUGACUAAUAAACCCUUUGAUACUUUUAGCCGGAAAUCAGUCUCAUAAAGCUAUUUUUGACUAUAGUUUGUGUAAAAUAAAAGUGUUCGGCUUUGGCAACAGCUUUCCAAGCUGAGCUCCCUCUCGAGCAAGAUAUUUUUCAGUGCUUUUAUUUACUAUGCACUUAGACUAUGCACUUUUUCUGAAAUAUUUUUGUAACACUUUUUUGUAUUUUUGCCAUUUGAAAAGGCUGUGGUGUCAUUGGUCUGUCAUUAAGUUGCAGGUUCGAAACCGCUGUUAGCUUUGUGAAUCAGAAUCUAGAGAUGUGUCCGUCCUGUGAUGUUGUCGUCCCAUCUUCACCUGGAGCUGGAAUCCAUUGAUCUUCUAGCUACCAUUCAUUUUCUUCACAGUUCACAAAGAAGAGUGUGAAAUUCAGUGAAUGCAGUUACUAACCUGUCUGGAAAUGAAUCUCAUUUCACCAAAUCAAUUGUUUUUCCACUAAAAUGAUGGUGUAUGUUGAAGACAUCACUGAGAUCGGAAGACCUCACCACUAAAGGCUCCACAGUGGCUGGCUCAGCUGAACUUUAGGUUUCCACUUCUUCCUUUGUUCACCCAUUGGGUGAUGCAGCUUUUUAACUGUUGGGAGAUGACCAUUCUAACUACUGUUGAGUGUCUCUGUUUUGGGAAGGUAAAAUAAGAAAAUAAAAAGGAAUAUAUAUGAAGGGAGAGGCUGGUUGUCUCUCCCGUGUGGUUGUGCAUAUACUCUUAAUGACCCACAAGUGGAUCUAGAAGGCUUACCUUUGCUGUGAUUUCCUCUCUGCUUUAAGUCUAUCAUACUGUAAAUAUUUCAGAGUGUACUGUAACGAGAUGAAUUGUUAUAAAUCAUGAACCACAGAGAUGGUGUAGUCUAAGCCAGUAGGCUGUUUUCCCUGGAAAUUGCUGGGAUAAUAAAGAAUAGUUUAUUGUAACUCAA